UGGCUUACAUAAGGAACCAUUGCAGCCAAACCCAGAUGAGGUCAACCUCUCGGACGGGGAUUUCUACGAUGACACCGGCGCCAGUAACAACGACUACGAAGUAGUCCAAGAUCCCGACAUGGCCGCAACGCUAGGCUUCGUGAGCUUUGGCGCCCAAGAUAACGACUUACGCCCCGCCAAAAAGCGACGCUUCAACCCCCAGUCCGGCAGCGCCAUCAUCGCGGACGACGCCUCCCGCUCAAUGGAGGCCACAGCGGAAUCGACCUCCACACUGGCGGGCUACCACAAAGCACAGCUGCCCAGCAGCAAACGGACAAAGCCAGCAACCACAGACGAAAUCACCUAUUCCGACUCCGACGACGGAACCGGCAAGGGUGACAACGCCAACAAGAACGACGACGAUUUCGAGCUGGACCUCGACCCGGGAGCGCCGCCGUCGCCAUCCGCCGAGGGCACAUCCACCCGAACCCCUGCUGCAGCAGUGGGGGCAGUGGACGCAGGAGGCCCUACGCCCACCUCAGCCUCGGCAUCGGCGUCAACUUCAGGCCCAUUCCAGCCCUCCGCCCGCGGUGGCAGAGGUGGUGGACGAGGCGGCGGCGUGAGAGACGGAGGAGCAGGGGGAGGAGGAGGAGGAGCCAAUCCGCAGUGGUACAUCGACUACUACGACCCCAGCAGCAAUGAGAACCCGUGGGAAGGGAUGGAGAAGUUCAAGGGCCUAGAGCCCGUGGGGACGUGGUUGCCAUCGCGCUGGGCUUCUAGUAACGAUGCCGCUGGGGUUGGGGCGGCGCGUCAGGAGGUUGGUGCCGGAGCGGGAGGGGAGGGUACUGUGCUUGCUUCCACGGCCACGGCUGCUUGAGUGAGCGGUCGCCUCAUCUUUGAGGUCAUCGGUAGCAGUAUGGUGGUAACUAUG